CUCGCCUGGCGCCCCCGGGCAGGCACUCUCCUGGCGGGAGUGGCGGUGUGAACCUCACCCCGCUCUGUCCUCCCGGGGGCUGAUGAGCGAAGGGGGCGAGGGCCGGGAGUAGGAACCCCUGACGUUGUCGGUCCCCAUUGGUUCUCUCCCGCAGCACAUGUUCAGGGGCAUCUGGAUAAAGACGCCUCUGGCCCCUGUCUGCCUCCUACAUCGUCCUCCAGCCUCCACCUCCUGCGGGACACCUCCUAGCGAGCCGGCACGAUGAGCAUAGACGAUUUUGUAGGCAAGUGGAGCCUCAUCUCCAGCGAAGGCUUUGAGGAGUACAUGAAGGAAUUAGGUGUGGGUGUGGCCCUGAGGAAAAUGGGGAGCAUGGCCAAACCAGAUGUUUACAUCAGCAAGGAUGGAGAUACAAUCACCAUAAAAACAGAAAGCACCUUUAAAUCUUCACAGCUCAGCUUCAAGCUGGGUGAGAAAUGUGAGGAAAAUACAUUAGAUGGCAGGAAAGUUCAGACUCUUGUCACCUUAGAUGGUAACACAUUGACUCAGCUCCAGCAGUGGGAUGGCAAGGACUCCACAAUAACACGGAAGAUAGAGGAUGGGAAACUGGUGGUGGAAUGUGACAUGAAUGGUUGCAAGUGUAAGAGAGUCUACCAGAAAGCAUGAGGACAUUGUCUCCAUACUGGAGUUUGCUACAAACGAGCUCAGUUUAGCGAACAAAGCUCCUCUACUCUCCAGGUUUUUCCUUUUCCCUGUUUUGUAGUAUUUCAAUGGACUGCACAGCUGUGUGCAAUCAUAUUUCAAAGCGAUGAUGUAACUAUUCUGAACGGUUGUGGCUGUUAAAUAAAAUUUUCAGAUAUA